CUCCGCAACUCACUUCUUUUCUUUCCUUUUCUUCGAUCGAUCGAUCACUGAAUCUGGACGUUACAUUACAAAAGCACCCAACACAAACACAAAACUCCAUUUUAUUUAUAACCCAACCCAACCCAACCAACGAGAGAACAAGCAGAGAGAAGCGCUUCAACUCUCUUUGCUUUUCUCUCCAUUCAACUCUUCUUCUUCUUCAAAACGGCUGAGAAGUUAAAAAUCCAGUUUGUAUAUUGGAAGCUCUAGUUCAAUAUGUCGUCAGCAAGCAAGGGUGAUAGGAAGGCUACCCUUGAUGCAUCGUCAUGGUUGUUCAACGUGGUCACGUCUGUGGGAAUAAUCCUUGUCAAUAAAGCCCUGAUGGCUAAAUAUGGUUUUAGUUUCGCUACAACUUUAACUGGUAUGCAUUUUGCCACAACAACCUUGUUGACGCUGGUUCUUAAGUCACUGGGAUAUAUCACGCCCUCUCAUCUUCCAAUAUCUGAUAUCAUCAAAUUUGUAUUAUUUGCCAAUUUCUCCAUUGUUGGAAUGAAUGUGAGUUUAAUGUGGAACUCUGUUGGUUUUUAUCAGAUUGCUAAGCUUAGUAUGAUUCCAGUAUCUUGUUUCCUGGAAGUUGUCUUGGACAAUGUGCGAUAUUCAAGGGACACAAAGCUUAGUAUUUUAUUGGUUUUGCUUGGUGUUGCCAUCUGUACAGUCACUGAUGUCAGCGUCAAUACAAAGGGUUUCGUAGCUGCUAUAAUAGCAGUUUGGAGCACAGCACUGCAGCAAUAUUAUGUGCAUUUUCUUCAGAGGAAGUAUUCUAUCGGGUCAUUUAACUUGUUGGGCCACACUGCUCCAGCACAGGCAGCUAGUUUACUGCUAGUAGGCCCCUUUCUGGACUAUUGGUUAACAAACAAACGAGUUGAUGCCUAUGGCUAUGGUUUGACAUCCACUUUGUUCAUCAUUCUGUCCUGCACCAUUGCAGUAGGGACAAACCUCAGCCAGUUCAUCUGCAUUGGUAGGUUUACAGCGGUAACAUUCCAAGUCCUUGGCCACAUGAAAACCAUUCUGGUGCUGAUCCUAGGGUUCAUUUUCUUUGGAAAAGAGGGUCUCAAUCUACAAGUUGUUAUAGGCAUGAUGAUUGCAAUAUUGGGAAUGAUUUGGUAUGGUAAUGCAUCUUCAAAGCCAGGGGGAAAAGAGCGUCGUAGCUUUUCCAUUCCUUCCUCCAAAACACAAGAAUAUGGUGCACUACCUGUGUCCUCUGAACCAGAUGAGAAGGUAUAGAAAAUAUAACUUCACUAGAAGAGUGGUGAAACUUUUGGUGAAGUCCAUAGUAAAAUCAUGUGCCCUUUAGGCUAGCUGACUUAUUUUCUUUAUACCUAGAGGGAAUUCCCAGUUAUUUAUAUAGAUCAUAGUCAUAUAUAUUUGCUUUUGUGUAAUGAAUUAUUUGGGAGAGAGUAGAGAGGACAAAUCAUUGUUAAAGAGGAAAGGGGUGAGAUCUUCAUUGUGUUCCAAUUUUUUUACAAUAGAAAAUGGUACUGUUACAUUUA